AUGGAGUCUGCGAAUACCGACCUGCAUUUGCAAGCCCCAGCCGGUGCUGGGAAGACAUUCGUUGCGGUUCAGUACAUGCGUCGGAUGAUGCGAGCAUCUCCAACGUCCUCUGUUUGCUACGUUGCGCCCAGCCAAGCCCUGGCUUUUUUCGUGCUUCGAUGGCUAGUCCUGGUGGCGCCCUCCACGGUGUCCAGCAUCUUUAGCAAGAUGACAGUCCUACAUGCACCCUAUGAAGGCUUCUUGCGCCCAGUUGCUGACGGCCCUCGCAUCUCUCUGAAACCCGUGAAGAAGCCGCCUGAGAUUUCCCUGCUGGUCGUUGAUGAGGCGCACAAGGUCACUGCUGAGCACGCUUCAGUUUGGGAGCUCCCCGCGAAGCAGCGCCUAGUCCUGUCCGACCUAUCUCAGUCGAGGAAUCUUCAGCACUUCUUCCCGGACAUGCGCACCGUGCAACUAGCUGAAGUCAUACGAGGCAGCCAAAGGAUCACUGCUGCUGCCCGAACCUUCCAGUUGUCAGGGGCAGCGCGUUCCGUAUCUGCGGUAGGCACGGAUGGCCCGCCAGUAAAGACAUACAUUUUCGACACUGGUGAGAGCACAGAUCCACUGGAUGAGUACAUCUCGCAAAUCAUGAAAGCCCUGUGGUACGUGGUGGAGACCCUGCCAACAGGUUUGAGCCUUCACGGCCGCGUGGCGCUGCUGGUUCCAGGGGAAAGCUUCCGAACAAAGCUUGAGGCGCCGCUUCAAAAGCGAUUGGCAGUGGAGUUCAGCCCAAGGAACAUUCGCCUGGCGUCUUCUGUCGAUUUUUGGCAGCUCCUGCCAGCACACCUGAUGCCCUUGCCUGACACGGAAAGGCCAGAAGAGUUUGUCAUCCUGGAUACUAUCGACAACUCCACCGGGCUUGAGCACCUUGUUGUGGUGUGCGUGGGCCUGGAUGAGGUCCUUGGAGCCACCGACCAAGACACGCGGGCCAGGCUGUAUGUUGGCCUCACCCGGGCGCAGCUUCUGGCCGUAGUCGUGAACGAAUAUCUGCCAGGCAGCUGGCUUCAGUUCGUGACCACCCUGCGGCUGGACAAGCGGUUCCAGAAGCACCUGGCCUCUGCUGAAAUCCGCAAGCGCGCGGCCACGGAAGUUGUAACCCAACCUGCGCCACGAGUUACAUCGCCCUGGCGUCGAGCGGGUGGUUGGUUUGCUCGCGUCCGCAUGCCUGGCUUGUGCUGUCUGACGCCGUGGCGGCCAAGGAAAGUCCCCCGCAUCCCUGACGCUGUCUCGUCUGCUGCGGUUGUCCCGCCCGCUGCAGCCUCGGAGCCUGCUGCCGAGGAGCAGCGCAUGCGCGGCACGUGUGUCUGGGACACGGACGAGAACGAGAUCAGGACCAAGACCACAAAGCUCCUCUUCGACCCGCGUCUUUCAGCUGCUGAGGUCAUGGAGUGGAAGCAACUCCAGCCCACAGCAAACUCUCCAAGCGAGAGACAAGGGCACUCAGCCGUCUACAAUCCCGAGAGCCACUCCAUGCUGAUCUUUGGCGGUUUCAACGGCGAUGUGUGGGCGCUGGACCUGAAGGCAGCAACGGAAAGAGGGCAGCAGACGUUGGUCUGCGUUGUCGGCUCCUCAGCGUCAGCCAAGGCCGAGGCAAAUUCAGUGCUGGCCUCAGGAGAGCUGACAGCUUUGCAGUUCUGGAGGCGAUGUGUGGGCGCUGGACCUGAAGGCAGCAAGAGAAAGAGGGCAGCAGACGUAGGUAUGAUCAUGCCAGUGGGUAGAAGGUCUCCAAGCGAGAGACACGGGCACUCAGCCGUCUACGAUCCCGAGAGCCAGUCCAUGCUGAUAUUUGGCGGUGACGAGGGCAUAGGCAGUGUCUUCAGCGAUGUGUGGGCGCUGGACCUGAAGGUCAUGGAGUGGAAGCAACUCCAGCCCACAGGAAAGUCUCCAAGCGAGAGACAGGGGCACUCAGCCGUCUACGAUCCCGAGAGCCACUCCAUGCUGAUUUUUGGCGGGAUGAAUAGCGGACGCGAAUUCUCGAGCGAUGUGUGGGCGCUGGAGCUGGAGGUCUGA